AUUCAGUGAUCAGCCUGAAAUAGAAACAGAGAGACGCCCGUCUGAGAUCGUACAGAGUCACAGGGAGGUGGGCAAACCCUCGCUCUUCUGGACGGGGAACGCCGUCAACAUCUCUCUCUUAUCUUCAGUCUGCAUGAAGAAACAUCCUGGAUGGAGUCUGAGAACAACUUCAAAAACAAGUAAGAGCUCCAGUUUAUGUUAUAUUUUUACUGAUUAUUAAAUCUGACGUCUUUUACUAAGGGUUAGUUAACUUAAUUAUUUAAAUAAUUUUGUGUUUAAAUGUUUAAAAAAUGUACUUUAGUGUUUAUCGACUCUCAGUAACUGCCUUCACUUUUUACUUUGAUAAAAACUUUUAUUUAUUUUCUGCUUCUUGUCAUUUUGCAUAAAUGGACUUUGAAUGAACUGAUGUUCUUCUCUGCAGAUCAUAUAAAAUGUUAAAUUCAGAUUUUUAAUGAUGUUUUUACUGAAUAACUCAGAGUUCGUACUCUAACCUACUUUAGUUACUAUAACUGAUGAAUUUCUAAUCAGUCUUUAUGGAGUUUAGACCGAGACUCAACGCUAAAGUAACUUAGUGCUCUUCCUACAUACACAGCUGAUGUUUACUUCACAGCUGAUAUGUUCUUCACAGCUGAUCUUCACACCACCACAUGAAGCCUCCUAAUCUCUGACUAACAGGAGUUUCUCUGCAGCAGGUCGGUCUGAGCUGAUAAGAGACCGGAGGAGGAGGUGAAGUCUCAGUUUCUGUGUCUCAGACGUUUAAAGGGAAGGAGCUCUUUAACAAACAGCGUGGGUUACAAGAGUUUUCAGUAAGUAAGUGAAUUUCAUUUAUAUAACACUCUUCAUAAAUAAAAUCACAAAGUAUACAGAGAAACACAUUUAAUAACAGAUAUAAGCAGCUUCACAGAGGCCCCACAACCUCAACAUCAGUUAAAAUCCCGUCUAAAAAGAGGUUUUAAGUUCUUUUUUAAAACUUUCAGUCGACUCUCUGCUGCGUCAGGUCAAUGUGAGGGACCAUCAGGAGUUUGUGGUCUAAUGACCUUAAUGAACGUGAGGAGGAGGAGGGUCUCAGUGGCUCAGUGAUGUACGAGGGAGUUUGAUCAUGGAGGACUCUAAAAACAAGAACUAAAAUCUUAAAAUGAAUCCUGGUCACCAGUGAAGAGAACAUGAAAUUAAGGUGAUUUGGUCUUUUUUCUUCGAUCUAGUUAUAAGCCUUGCUGCUGAGUUUUGUACCGUUUGAAGAUGAUUUACAAACUUUUAGUUAAAACACAUAAAAAGAGAAUUACAGUAGUCAAUGAGAGACGAAACAAAGGCCUGAAUUAUCAUCUCCAUUUCAGUUUAGCGAUGUUCCUCAGAUGAUAACAGCAGUUCUUCACCAACUGUUUACAGCGGUGGUCUGAGGACAUGUCCUUGUCAAACACGACACCAACGUCACGUUAACGAGGUUGGACAGAGAGACCUGACUGAUCUAGAUGCUGCUUUAUGAGGGGAAUGAUCAGAGUUUCAGUUCAGUCAGAGUUCAGUUGGAGAAGGUUGUCAAACAGGCAGUGAAGUUGUCUAACUUCUGUGUCUCAGUCGGCUUGAAGGAGCAGUAGAGCUGAACAUCAUCAGCAUAUAGAUGACAGGAGACAUCACUGAUAAUCUGUCCAAGAGGAGACAUGAAAAACAAAAAGACUAAAGGGCCGAGGACUGAUCCGUGUGGGACCCCACAGCCUAGCCCUGCCGAGUCCGAUAAUAACUGGUUGACAUGGACCACAAAACUUCUGUCAGUCAUUUAAGACCUACACUGCAAAAAAAAAAAGGAAUUUCAAGAAAGGAAAACAGCCGUGUAUUUAGGAAAUAAGUCUUAUUAUUUGUACUAAAAGAAUAUUAAUCUUGUCAAGCAUGUUUGGCAUCAGAAAAAUUAUCUAAUUUUAAGAGAAAAUGAACCAGAGAUAGAAAAAUGUUUCAUUUGUUUCAAAUGUUUAAUUUUUGUUGGUAAAGCAGUAAUUCUGCACCUUUCCUCUUUUUGAACUCUAACUUUCACUGAUGAUUGACAUGAUAAUUGCACACGUAUUGAUGGUGAGCAGACCCUGGUCUCUGCUCUGGUUGAUAAUUCAGCGUAUAAAGAUAGAUCUGCGUCUCCAAAAUAGCCCGGCCUUAAACCGUCUGGUGUUCGAUUAAUCCUCGACACAUUCACCAGAGAGGAGGUCAUCAUCAGGCCAAGACCUGUGAGAAAGACACCUGAAGAGACGCCGGGGUCACAGAGGUCAGAUUAGACUCUGUGCGGGUGUCAAGGCUGCCCACCGAUGAGUCCACAUGAUGGGGUUAAUCUGUCUGCCCACAGCGGAGAGAGAGAGGAGGAGGAGGAGGAGGAGGAGGAGGAGGAGGAGGAGGAGGAGGAGGGCACAAACCACCUAAUCUGAUGUCCCGCCUGCUGCCUGUGGUCUUCAGCGGGGAGGGUGAGGCUCAGGAUAGCUGCCCUAAAAGGAUUACAGAGCUGCACAUGUCGGUGAAAGGACACCUGGGCACACACACACACACACACACACACACACACACACACACACACACACACACACACACACACACACACACACUCUCUCAGCCACGGUACGCAGGUGCAAACGCAGAGGAGAUUAGUCUGAAGUGAAUUUUUUACCCCCUCUGUCAGGAACUUAAACUCCUCACCAGCUGAGAGUCGAGUUUAGUUGUUGUUGUUGUUGUUGUCUUUGUUUAUUUCUCUUCUUUUACCUUCAAUAUUUUACUUUUCUAACGACUCUCACCUUCAAUAAUCAGCGGCUACACCUGAUAAAUGAUCCUCCUCUCUUCCAGUUACCUGCUUCUCUAAAAACAGAGGAUGGAGUCAGACUUGAAGGACUACCAAGACCCUGAGGCCCAGCUCCCCGACAACGACCAGGCAGCUCUGGACGUGUCGGGCUUCCAGGUGACCGCAGACCGUCUGGAGCAGCUGAUGAAGAGCAUGGAGGUGCUGCUGUCCGACGUGGAGCAGCUGAGGAGCCACUGCAGCCACCAGGCCACGGAGCUGAUGAGGGCGGCGGUGGAGCUGAAGGAGCAGCAAGAGGAGCUGAAGGAGAGCUACGUGGAGCUGUCCAGAGAGAUGCAGGAGGUGAUGGAUUCAGUGGACGACCUGUACAGCACCAAGAGCGCCUUCGAGGCCAAAGAGAAGCAGGCGCAGAAACUGAGCCGUCAGCUGUGAGGGACAAGCAGACUCCUGGAGCAAACAAACCCAGCAGGAGGUGUGGUUUUCAGAUGACAAACUGAGGAGGUGAUGGACGUGUUUAUAGGAGCAGGAGGAGGCGCUGAGGUUUCGGGACUCUGAAACAAUGAGACUCUUGAAUGUCACUGCAGGUUUAAUUCAUGUGUUCACAGACGUCUGUCUUUCUGAGGUGAAUUUUUAUCCUGUAAAGAUGAUAAAAAAGAAAAACCUCAGCUCCAAAAAUAACCAAACCUCUGAGUCAGAGUUUGAGUUUGAGUAACCAUCCCACUGUUUUAGAUAAAAAACAAACUUUACAGGCCUGAAAGAGUCUCAAACUCCUGAAAUCUCCACUUCGUCUUAUUGAACUCACCGGCUAACUAGCUGAGAGAGAAGCUAAUGUUAGCAUUCAACCACUUACCAGAUCAUAUAUCCGUCUGAAGGAAGUGGCUAAGAGCUAAAUUUAAGAUGCUUUUUCUGUUGUUGUAUGUUUGUUUGUUUGUUUUUAGCAUUAAACCACUUCCUGCUUGUAAUUUUAGAUGGUUAUUUUACCUGUAAGUACAGCUAAUGUUAGCAUUCACUUAUAUUUCUGGAUAGGAGGUGGCUGGACGCUAAAUAUCUGAUCGUAGAGGUUUGACAUAAAGUAGAAUAUAUAUUAGAGUUUAUACAGUCUGUGGUUUUAACUCUUUAAUCUCUGCUGUCUCAGGAUGGAGGUUAGUUGGUGUGAAUGAUGCCUGUUAGUCUGUGUUCACACUGAAGGUCAUUCUGAUGUUUUAACCAUCUGUGACUCAUAUCUGAUUUUUUCAUCUAAGUAUGAACAGGUCAGUUCUGAUUGGUUCUAAUCCUCCCAGGCCUCUUCUGUAUGUGGAUAUAAAUCAGAUAUGUAUCUGAUGUGACUGCAGUGUGACGCUCAGGUCACGUUCAUCGACCUUUACGUCAUCAAUAUGCGACAAACGUCACCAUUGUUCGACAACACAAACAGGAGCGGAAAGUAAUUUGUGCUUUGUGAGCAUGAGGGUCACUUCAUGGACGCAUUCGUUGUUGUGAUGUAAACGAUCGCACAAAAAGAUCGGAUUUAACAAAAAAUCUGAAUUAAGCAUCAGAACCUGCAGUGUGAACGUAGCCUAAGUAGUUAUUCAUCCAUCAUUAUUACCGGCAUUAGCUUAUCAAUACUUACACAUAUCAUGAUUAACACUCUCAUAAAGGAGUGAGAGCUUUUUCCUAAAAAACUGGAUUAUAUAAUAGCUGAUAAUAUACGACUUUAAACUCCAAUCCAUCAUAAACAGUAUACACUUCUUUUUAAAGAGUGAAAUUAGCAUUUAAAAUCUUCUUUUGCUAAUAACACUGUGACAGUAACUGUGCCUUUCCAUGUCUUCAUCAUAACUUUUAACAUUUGUCAAAGUUUCGGCGUCUUUCUAAGAAGUUCUCGAACCUUCGUGUUAGCUUUGGAGUCAUUCUACGAUUAGGGUUACAUUUCAAGUCGACCAAAAACUCACAAUAUCAGUAUUCUAGAUGUUUCUACAGUAUACAUCCUAAAUGUGCUAAAUUGAUUAAUUGGCAAACUGAAGCUAAAAUGACUUUUAAAUUAUUUUAAUGAAAAUGAACAUUUAAUUUAUCAUUUUGUCAACUGUGUUACAAACAAAUGCUGUGUCAUAUAAAACAUAUUAGUUUGAAAGUGUUUGAGUCUAAACACCCGGGGGUUUGAGUUUAUCAGUCCGACUGAUUUUAAAGUGUGAAUUUUGAGCUUCAUAAAAGUGAUGUUACAAGAUACUCUGAUGUAAAAUAUGACCUUUUUCAACAUAAAUUCAUAUUACACUGAAUUUAGAGUUAUUCACUUUUCUUAUAUAAGACUUCCAGCUCCAGAGAUGUCCUCCAUCUUUUUUGAGCUGAUCAGAAAUGUUGUUUUUUUGUGUCUGAGAUUCAUCUGAAAUGUUGAAAUGAUGAAGCUGUUAUAAUCACUGAUAAAGUGGAGAAAACUCAGAGCUGUUACAGAAGGAUGACAGUAAUUUAACCUCGAACCUUCAGUGUGAAGUCAGAGAUCAAACUUGAACAGGUUUGUUUUUACCUUUAGUGUUAAAAAUUCUUUAUUUAACUCAAAGUUUCUUUAAUUAUCACUCUGCUUUUAUUCUGAGCUCUUCUGUGUCCAUGUGCUGCUUUCUCUCAAACCUCAGCUGCAUGUAAACUCAUCAUUUACUCUUACGUCUGCUGUCGCCCGUCCCGGAGGUCCCCUGACAGUUUAAACAUCAGUAUUUGUGACCUCCGUCCGUCCGUCCGGAUGGUUCCUCCAGCUCCUUUUUUUGGUGUUUGAAGCUCCAUCUUCAUAUCCUGUUCCCAUCCAGGCCGCACUGCCGUGUGGUUUCUCUCUAAAAUACAUAAAUAGAUCUCAAAGCCGUGUUUACCUCCUACCAGCUCCUCUGCUGAGACUCAUUGGUCUGUAUUUAGUGGUUAUGGGAUGUGUGAAAAAGAACAUUCAGCGGCGUGCAACGUGAGGAAAUCAAUCAUUCAGGUCAUUCUUGUGCUUUUAUUUUGUAGGAACUCUGUGGACAGUGUAUCCAUUAAAUCAUGUUCAAUAAUCA